AUUCUAAGGGCGGUGUAUCAAAGGAAUCAUGCGGUCGGGGACGAUAUGUGCCAGAACAGUGGGAGCAUGUGGGAGUUGCUAUCACAGGCGCCGCUUUUGAUAGCGAUGUGUCCACACACAUAACGCAAAGACUCUGCUGCGGGUCCCAAGGCACGCGCGUCGUGUCUUCCUUUUCACUCGCUUCUCGCAGCGAUGGACUACAGGGGGCAGCCCCAGACAGUAUUGUCCUCCACGUUCACGGGUGGUGGCGAUGGCAGAGAGAGGUUCUGGCUCGACAGACGAGUGUUCCCGUCCUAUGUCGCCGCAGCUUCACUGCUCGUACUCGUAGCUCGUUCUAUAUGGAACUCUCAGCCAUCCCGAAGAUUGGUUGGAAUUAAUGCUCCAAAAUUCGAGGCACCAUCCGCAGACUCGGAAGGAUUCCUCGCGCGCAGAGGCGGAGCAGUCAUCGUUAUAUUCAAACUCGCCCGACUGGCUGGUGUCCUGGCUUUGCUUGUUUUCACACUACUCUCUGCAGCUAAAUUUGGUCGAAACGAGUUCUGGGUCGACUUUGCCCAGGUCGCGGCUCUGGCGUAUGCAUCUCUACUGGCCGUCCUCAAUGUUUUCAGCGCUGCAAAGCGGGGUUUGGCAUACUCGCUCCACUUGUCACUUGUGACAUUCGCCAUCUUGGCCGUCUAUGCCUACCGCGACGUCUGGCCAUUGAUGACCUUCGCACUCCAGCCAAAAGAUGGCCAUGAAGGAGUAUUUCUGUGGACAAAACUUGCACUUGCUGCAUUCGUGGGUGCAAUAGAGCCAAUGUUUGAACCGUAUCCGUACGUUCCGUACAAUUCAGAUCAACCCCGGAUACCCAGUCCGGAACAAACGGCUUCGCUGUUCUUCUUCAUCACAUACAUCUGGCUCGACCCUACAAUCUGGCAAGCCUACCGCAUCCCUCAUCUACCAGCGGACGAGCUGCCCCCGUUGUGCGAUUAUGAUGAAACUCAGAAUUUGAUCAAGCGUGCCUACCCAAGCUUAGACACAUUUUCCGGAGCCAAGAAGCGGCAUCUCUUCUGGGGCCUCAUCAUUAUUUUCCGCCGGUCGCUCAUCCUUCAAAGCAUUAUGCUCAUCAUAUUCGCCAUGGCUGCCAUUGCUGUGCCUAUUGGUACCAACCGGCUGCUACACUACCUCGAGACUGAUGGUGAAGGUGCAACAGUCAAGCCUUGGGUCUGGAUCUUAUGGCUCGGUGGUGGGCCAGCCAUCCAGGCAACUGUCUCCCAAUAUUAUCUUUUCCUCUCGACUGGCACCCUUGUCCGUGUGCAAGCAAUUGUCACCUCCUUAGUCUUUGAUCACGCACUCCGUAUCCGCUUCAAAGCUGAGACUGGUGACAAAGAGGCUGAUGUCAAAGAAGCGUCCGCUCCGUCCAGCUCCUCAGGUAGUGACACGAAGGGCUCCGCCACUCCCGACAACGCCUCCGAAGGAGGCGACGACAGGACAGUUCACUCACGCGCCGAGACGGGCUCCUCGACUGCGACCGCUGGCACGAGCUCCACCACGACCACCGCGACUGUGGUCCCGCUAGCGCCAGGCAAGGGCAAGGACGAUCACAAGGGUAAGAAAGAAGACAAGAAGGAUGAUAAGAAGGAUAGCAAGAAGGGCGAUGUGAAGAAAGGCAGAAACUUAGCAGGCAAGAUCAAUAAUCUCGUGACGAGCGAUCUCGACAAUGUCACGAGCGGCCGUGAAUUUCUGGUCGUCGUGCUGGCUGCGCCGCUUUUGUUAUCAUUCGGAUUGGUAUUCCUGUACCAGGUCCUCGGCUGGAGUUCGUUUGUCGGUCUAGCUGUGAUGAUUGUGCUGCUGCCUGUCCCAACGUGGGUAGCGUCGCUCAUGCAAGGGGUGCAGAAGCAAAAGAUGAAAGCUACGGACGGUCGUGUACAAAGUGUCACGGAAGUCAUGAGCGUCUUGCGCAUGGUCAAGCUAUUUGGUUGGGAAUCGCGUGUCAAUCAGAUCGUCGUAGACACACGAGAGAACGAACUCAACUCCAUAUGGAAACGCAAGGUCCUUCGUGUGACGAACAGCUGCGUCAAUUAUUGUAUCCCGCUGGCUCACAUGGUCGUUACCUACGCCGUCUAUACUCUCAUCAUGAAGCGCGAGCUGACCGCUUCAAUUGUUUUCUCUUCAGUAACCGCUUUCGAAAUGAUGCGCAGCCAGAUGUCCAGGGUCAUUCAAUUCAUUCCGAUGUGUAUUACCGCCAACGUCUCUCUGGGCCGUGUCACGGACUUCUUGCGUGGUACAGAGCUGCUCGACGCUUUCACCGAGACCCCUGCUGAAGAGGUCGUGACUGACGCCUCCGAGGUACACAAGAAUGACAUCGGAUUUGGACGUGCCAACUUUUCCUGGAGUAAGGAGAAGGAUGACGGCACACUGACACCCUCGCGCCAGACAUUCCGCUUGCGCAUCGACGACGAGGUUCAUUUCAAGAAAGGAGCCUUCAAUCUCAUCAUAGGACCUACAGGUUCCGGCAAGACGUCUGUUCUCAUGGCCCUCCUCGGAGAGAUGCACUACAUCCCACUCGGCCCUGACGCGUGGGUCAGCCUCCCACGCGGAGGUGGUAUCGCAUAUGCCGCACAAGAGUCGUGGGUGCAGAAUGAAACCAUCAAGGAGAACAUCCUGUUUGGCGCACCAUACGACGAGGAGCGAUACAAGAAGGUGAUCUACCAAUGCGGCUUGACGCGUGAUCUGAGUCUAUUCGACGCUGGAGACGCGACUGAGGUCGGCGAGAAGGGCUUAACGCUGAGUGGUGGGCAGAAGGCACGGAUCACGCUUGCACGGGCUGUGUACUCGUCUGCGGAGACGCUGUUGCUGGACGACGUCCUCGCUGCACUUGACGUACACACAUCUCGGUGGAUCGUGAACAAGUGCUUCAAAGGCGAAUUGAUUCGAGGCCGUACUGUGCUUUUGGUGACGCACAAUGUAGCCAUGGCCAGUCCGCUCGCAGAGUUCGUGGUAUCUUUGCGGGACGGACACAUUGUUGGCCAAGGCUCAGUGAGCGACGCACUGAUGAAUGAUGCGCAGCUCGAAGAAGAGUUCAAGCACGAGGAGGAGGUUAUUGAGCUCGACGAAGCUGAAGACGUGACAGCUGUUAUUUCCGGUCCUGCGGAUCCUGGUGCUCCCGGUAAGAAGAAAGAAGGCAAACUCGUUGUCGCUGAAGAAAUCGAAGUCGGUCACGUUAGUUGGGCAGCGUUCAAGCUAUUCUUGGCUGGUCUUGGAGGAAGAUUUCCGUUCCUGUUUUGGAUACAGUACAUAUUCGGCUCGAGCAUGGCAGAGGUAUUCGGCGUUCUCGAGAUGUGGUGGCUUGGGUACUGGGCUCGACAGUACGCGUUGCAAGAUCCUAGUGGCGUUCGCGUCGGCUUCUACCUCGGCAUCUACUGUGCUUGCGUUGGCGGCAUGGUCAUGAUGCACGUAUAUGCCCAGCUGAUAUACACCUUCGCGAGCAUCCGCGCUUCGCGCGCCAUCCAUGUCAAGCUCGUAAAGUCCCUCUUAAGCAGCACCUUCAGGUGGCUAGACGUCACACCGAUGUCGCGCGUAACCACCCGUUGCACUCAGGACAUCCAAGCCAUCGAUGGGCCGGUUCCUCAAUCCCUCGAUUACGUUUUCCAGAUCGCGCUCACCUGCACGAUCAAGGUCGGUGCAGUUUGUAUCUUCACACCGUAUUUCCUCCUCCCAGCAGUCUUCAUCGCCGGGUUUGGCGGUUUCCUGGGCGAGGUGUACAUGAAAGCCCAGCUGUCGGUCAAGCGUGAAAUGUCGACUGCCAAGGCACCUGUUCUCGGCGUGUUUGGUAGUGCCAUGACCGGUCUCACCUCUAUUCGAGCCUACGAUGCCCAGCAGACCUUCAGGAUCAUGAUUCAUGAGCGCAUAGACCGAUAUGUUCGUGCCGCCAGGUCGUUCUACAAUGUCAACCGAUGGAUCGGAAUCCGUCUCGACUUACUCGGGCAGCUCUACACGGCCUCUCUCGCAUUUUACUUUAUCUAUGGUCCAAUAGGCGUGAGUCCCUCUGUGGUUGGUUUUGUCAUCAGCCAAGCUACGGGCUUCAGUGACUUGGUCAAGGUGUUUAUCCGUCUCUUGAACGAAUUGGAAGUGAAUGGAAACAGCUUGGAACGUGUUAAGCAAUACGUAGACAUUGAUCAUGAGCCUGAGCCUGAACCCGAGGGCGUGCCUCCGGCGUACUGGCCCUCGGGUGGUGAUCUCCGGGUCGAGAAGCUCUCCGCCCGGUACUCGCUGGAUGGUCCGAAGGUGCUGCAAGAUGUCACUUUCCACGCUAAGCCUGGCGAACGCGUCGGGAUUGUCGGUCGUACGGGCUCAGGCAAAUCCACGCUGACGCUCGCUCUUCUGCGGUGCAUCUACACAGAGGGCAAGGUCAUCUACGAUGGCCUCGACACGAAGUCUACCAACUUGGACGCCUUGCGCUCGAACAUCACUAUAAUCCCACAAGUGCCCGAGCUCUUGAGUGGGUCUCUGCGCCACAACCUCGACGUGUUCGGCCAGUACGACGACGCGACGCUGAAUGACGCGCUACGUGCCGCCGGUCUGUUCUCUCUCCAGAAGCUCUCUGACGAGAGCAGGAUCACACUCGACAUCGAGGUUGCAAGUGGAGGUGGGAACCUGUCGGUUGGGCAAAGGCAGAUUAUCGCGCUCGCGCGGGCGAUUGUGCGCCAGAGCAAACUGCUGAUCCUGGACGAGGCGACAUCAGCCAUUGACUACGAGACCGACGCGGUCAUCCAGUCCUCGCUGCGCACGGAGCUCAAGAGUGACGUGACAGUCAUCACCGUCGCGCACCGUCUCCAGACGAUCAUGGACUAUGACAAAAUUAUGGUGCUUGACGCCGGUCGCCUCGUCGAGUAUGAUGCACCCAUGGUGUUGUUGCGGGAGGAGGGAAGCUUCCUCCGCGCGCUCGUGGAUGAGAGCGCGGACAAGGAGACGCUUUAUGCGAUGGCGGAGGGCAAGGCGCGGCCCUAACUCUAUAUCAUUUUUCGUGCCAUUUGUGCUAUAUUGACCGUCUUGUUGAGUUGCUUCUGUACUUUCUGUAGGCUUUGUAUGAUACCCUGAUAUGCUACUAGUUCUCCCGCUGGGCCACAAGUGCCCUCAGGCGUCCUGGC